CCUGACACACGGGGCGCUUAACCACCAAGCUGUUGCCCGUCCAUAAUGAGCGACAGGUUGAGUAGGAGUUGUGCGGGGCUGUGGUGGUUAGCUUGGCAGCGAAGUCCCAUACGUAUGUCGAGAGUGUCACUGAUCCAAAGGAAUGGAAGAAACUUCUCAGAACUCGCACAAAUGUCCUGGUCUUGUAUUCCCGAGGCAAAAUUAAACAGGAGAUAAGCAAUGUUUUCAACGAGGUUUCUCGUGAGCUACGCGGAACAGCCACUUUAGUCCACGUUGAUUGUUCUGGUGAUGGUAAAAAGCUGUGCAAGAAGAACAAAGUAGAACCAUCUCCAUAUGUAAUGAAGCACUACAAGGAUGGAGAUUUUCACAAGGAUUAUGACCGCAGAGAAACAGUUCAGUCGAUGUCGACCUUCUUGCGGGACCCUUCGGGAGAUGUUCCAUGGGACGAGGAUGAGCAGGGUGCCGAUGUGGUUCACAUAAAUGACGUUAAUGCUCUUACAAGAUUAUUAAAAAAGGAGAGGACUUUUAUGAUGAUGUUCUAUGCUCCGUGGUGUGGGUUCUGCAAACGCCUGAAGCCAGACUACUCCUCUGCAGCCACUGAACUCAAAGACACUCACACCCUUGUUGCCAUGGACGUCAACAAACCAGAAAAUUCUGCGGCCAGGAUUAAAUAUAACAUUACUGGCUUUCCGACGCUUGUAUAUUUCGAAAAUGGUGUCCCAAAGUAUACAUAUGAAGGAGAGAAUAAUAAAGCAGGAAUUGUUGCAUUUAUGAAAAAUCCCGGUAAGGCACCAGAGAAGCCCAAGGACGAGGUUUGGUCAGAUACACCAAGUGACGUGACUCAUCUCACAGACACAACGUUUCAUGAAUUCAUAAAGGGUGAAGCAUCUGUACUUGUAAUGUUUUACGCUCCCUGGUGUGGACACUGCAAGCGCAUGAAGCCGGAGUACACUACUGCUGCUACAAUACUAAAAGAAAAAGGGAUUGUGGGCCGGCUAGCUGCUGUCGACACCACUAAGGAAACCAAGCUGGGUUCCGAGUUCAAUAUAAAGGGCUAUCCCACUAUUAAAUACUUCAAAGAUGGAGAAUUUGCUUUUGAUGUUUCUUCAGCAAGAGAGAAAGACAAGAUCAUAGAAUUCAUGUCAGACCCAAAGGAGCCCCCACCACCCCCGCCACCUGAGAAGCCGUGGUCAGAAGUGGAAUCUUCGGUUGUCCACUUGACAGACGAGAAUUAUAAAUCAUUUCUCAAAAAGAAGAAGCAUGUUCUUGUGAUGUUUUAUGCUCCAUGGUGUGGCCAUUGCAAGAAAGCUAAACCAGAAUUUACGGGGGCUGCAGACAGAUUUGUGGAUGACCCAAAGGUUGAGUUUGCUGCAGUCGACUGCACGGCAUACCAAGCUCUGUGUAGUGCAAACGAUGUCAGUGGUUAUCCCACUUUCAAAUAUUUUAAUUAUUACAAGAACACUAAACCAUAUAAUGGGGGACGAACGGAAAUAGAUUUUGUGAAAUUUAUGGAAGAUCCAGAGAAUCCAUUAAGUGGAUCUCCACCUCCUCCUCCCUCUCCGCGAGAAGAGUGGGCAACCGUGCAGGGAGGUAACUUGAUCCACCACCUAACGGAGGCCACAUUUGAUACGUUUAUCAACAACAAGGAGGCCCUUGUUAUGUUUUAUGCACCGUGGUGCGGCCACUGUAAGGCUAUGAAAGGAGACUAUGGUCAAGCAGCUGUUGAGUUGGCUGCUGAGGGUCAGACGGGUGUCCUGGCCACAGUCGAUGCCACUGUUGAGCGUAGUCUAGCCACCAGGUACCAGAUCCAUGGUUUCCCUACCCUGAAGUUUUUUAGACGGGGUCAGCUGAUUACGGAAUAUAAUCGAAGUCGUAAAGCGGCCGAUAUUAUCGAUUUUAUGAAGAACCCUCCGUUAAAUGGCAAGGACGAACUGUAGAUGUGAGAAGUCUAGUUUUUUUAUGGAUGUGUAUAUGAAUGCUGUGUGUCAUUUGUAUGCUGAGUUCCUGCAAGUAGCUGAAAUGUAUAUGAUGAGCCUUAGUGAACAAGCCUUAUGGAGAUUUUCCCCAAUUUUUUUAACUUCAUAUUUAUAUCAAAUAAUUUUUACCCAGUUCAGUAUUGGAAACAGAAACUUAGCUAUGUUCCCAAAUUGUUGUUAGGUAUGAAAAUAUGUCAAACAUUGAAGAAUAUUAUAUCAGUAUUAUACUAAAUUAAGACCACAAUGUUAAUAUUGGAUUUGUGGCCCACAUUUUAACAUUGUUUCAAUUUACCUGAAUCUCUAUUAGUUCCUUGAAAGGUGAAGGAUGAGAAGUGUAUGUGGUUGUAUGUACCUUGUUUUAGUAACUCCCCAAAAAAAACCAUGGAUCAAUUUUUAUGAUCUGGUUUAGUACAAAUUAAGAAACAAAUACAGUACUGACAUUUCAUGGGAUUUUCUAUGAGCCAUGUUUUAGAAAGGUGAGAUAUGGUGUACCCAGGACUGAAUAAAUUACUUAAUUGUCACAAAGGAGAUAUUCCAUUUGCUUGCAUUUUAAAUUGUAUUAGAGAUACAGAAUAGAGUUGCAAUGCAGUCAAAUUUUAAUUCUAGCUACCAUAACUUUAAUGUUCAGCCAUUUCAUUGUAAACACGCGUAGUCGUAACUGCCUGAAGUGUCAUGAAGUUUCAGUUCAAAACCUCAUCUAGGCUUCAUGUGUAAAAGAGAUGCAUUGUAGAUAACUUUUGAGAUUAAGUGCUUCAUUUCAUAACUGUUGUUGAGAAGAUGGCUGCAUGUAAGCACUACCAUUCAAUGAGUGCCGUCCCUAGUGUGGCCCCGAGUACUUGGGCCACAAUUUGCCGAGUUUACUUACUGAAGAGGAUACUUCAGCCAAAUGCCCAUUGGCAACUUUAAAAAUCUUAUCAUCUUGACAAAUAAAUAGGAAAGGUAUCCUUGUAAAAUGUAUGCCAAGAUGUGACAGAGAGAUAAAUAAGUAAAUAUUUACAUGACUUACCUUUGAAAUAUAUAUACUUGUAUUUGGCUUUUGACCAAUGACACAGUGUACAGCUUUAACGGUGAUACAAAGUGUAUGUAUUGUUACUUAUUAUAAGAUUGCAACUAUUGAUGUCCCACACAAAAUGAUAUAUUUAUUACUAAUACCUUCAUUGGUUUCUUGAUUACUCGUGCCGAGAGGUGAUUGAAUGAGUAUCUUAAUGGUGUACUAAUUACUUUUAACUAUUUUUCCGCAUAAUAUGUUGUAAUUGUAAUUCAGGGCGUACAGUGUUAAUAUUGUUUUAAGUUAAAUUUGAGUUCACCGCCAUUUAACGCUAUUUAUUUCUUAGGACCGUGAUAUGUAUAAAUUUGAUCAAACUAUACGGCACAAACUUUUUGACAUAAUUUUACAAUUAUAGCUUCAAAUAUAUAUAUAUAUAAAUGACUUUUAAUAAUAUCCUUUCCAGAGACACGUCACUUUCAUAAGCUCUAUGAAACUCUACACCUUAAAGUGGACUGUCGUAUGGUAGCUUAUAGCACUGCAUCUAUUUAAUAAGGAUGAAUAAUUAUACAAACUUUACCUAUGUUGUAAUCAUUAUUGUGGGAAUUAAAUUUUUUGCCAAGAAACUA